AUGGCUGCUCCCGCCCAGGCAAUUUGGGAUCCGCUGUCGGUCCUUCAUGCUUACCGUCAUCUCUACCGCCAGGGCCUGAAGGUCAUCCGAUACUCGAAACCGAGCCGCUACGUGCUACGGGCAACUCUGCGGACUGCCUUUCGAGAGACACCGCGCGAGCAGUUCGACGCGUCGCGAGUUGCCAACACUCUACGCUUCCUAGAACGUGCAGCAGACACGAUCGGGUUCGAACACCGGAUUGUGAAAAACCUGCUGGUAACUCGAUAUUGGGAAACUACUCCCAUUGGAAAGGACUCGCGCAUUCUUCGCAAUUUGGGACUCGGCAACAUGGAAAGCCGACUACGUAAAAGCGCCCACCAACACUUCGAUCUGACACUCGAGCGAUUGAAUGAAAGCUUGGGAACGUGCCUGAGAUAA